AGAAGAUUCGGUCGUGUCUUGGUCUUUUUGGUUGCAGAGAACUGGGAACAAUGGAAGCCAAAGGAAGGGAGGUGAUGACUCAAGCGAGGCGUAUUCACGUCAUUUAUUUUCUGAGUCGGAUGGGACGAAUCGAGCAUCCUCACCUCAUCCGAGUUCAUCAUUUUAGUCGAAAUGGCGUUCAUUUACGAGAUGUUAAGAGAUGGCUCUCGGAUUUACGAGGAAAAGACAUGCCUGAUUCAUUUGCCUGGUCUUACAAGAGGAGGUACAAGACAGGUUAUGUUUGGCAAGACUUGGUGGAAGACGACCUCAUCACUCCAACAUCUGAUAACGAAUACGUCCUCAAAGGAUCCGAAAUCUCUUCUGUUCCCUUCGGAUUUACAGAUGCUUGUCCAUGCGGUGAAAAGAAAGCUUCAAUAGAAAAGCCAGGAAGAAACCCUGAAAACCCACAAAAGAAAAUGGAGGUGUCAGCUAAAACCUCCGAAAUCGAAAUCGAAAUCGAUGAAGAAUCAUCAGAAGCGUUCGAAUCGGAUACAUCCACAACGACAGACGAAUCAAUGAAAUCGAAUGCGAGAAAGCCAGAGAAAGAAGACACUAACAGUGAAAAGAAGAACAAGAGGAGGACAGAGAAGACCCAACCACCACCAUUGACGAACUCUGCAACAUUCUCCAAGAGUAGGAGCCAUUCUAGCGGAACUUCUCACGUACUCCGUAACUUACUCACGUGUGGUGCGGUCGACACCAACGAUUCAGCAAUAAUGACGAUCAAUCGGAUCAAUAGAACUUCGGAGAGUCGUUCAAAUGAAGCAGGGUUUUGUAGAACAGAGACCAUGGGUGGGUCUCAGAGGAUCUUCGGUAGUGCUUGGAAUCAACAAGCGCCGCAUCAACAGAAUUCCAGGAAAAGCUUUACUGACGUGGGUGUGAGUGUGAGUGUGAGUGUGAAUACUACUUCAAAGAGCAGGAAUGAACCUUCAAAUCAGAAGACUGUUUCUGCAGCUUUAAAGCCAAUCGGGGAGCCCAAUUGCUCUUACGCUGUUGCACUGGGUUUCUAUCGAAGUGUUCACGAGGGAAGGCUGGGAAUAAGUAGAGAGAAGUCUAAGCCUCUUGACUCUCCUGUUCCUUUAAAUAUUGUGUUACCAGCUACUAAUACUAGUCGAUAUAAAAUUUACACUGAUGGUGUUUGGAACUCUGUUUCUUGUUUAGGUGGUAGAGGUGUCAUCGUUCGCAACCAUAAUGGAAAAUUUGUGGUGGCAAAGUGCAAGCAUGGCUGUAGCGACUCGGCAAUGGCAAUGGAGGCUGAGGCGAUAAGGGAUGCUCUCCUGCUCGCGCAUAGUAUUAAGGUAGAUAGUAUUUCGAUAUUUUCAGAUUGUAAGGCUCUAAUUGCUCACCUGAAUAAUGCUCACUCUUCUCUUGAUUGGGCAUCAGUGAUGGAAGUGUCGGAUAUUAGAGUAUUAGUUGGUGAAUUUGCCUCCGUUGUUUUCAUGUAUAUUCCUAGGAUGUUAAACAAGGAAGCCCAUGUGUUAGCUAGAGGGGCUUCCCUACUUUCUCUUUCUUCUAUGUGGUGGAUCUACCCACCUAGCUUUGUUGUAAAUCCUUCUCUUCUAAAGAGAAGGGACGUCGUUGCGUGUUUUGAAUAA